UCUUUUCAAAGUGUCACUGCUGAUCAAAAUUGGGAGUUAUAAAAUUUGACAUGCAUUAAUAGUUAUAAUUAUAAAUUUCGGCCCUUUAAAUUUAUACAAUGGCAGCCAAAUUAGAUUCGAAGGGAACUCAAGUACAAGGUAAAGUUAAGGAAAAUGCGGGAAAAAGAAAGGGACCAUGUCCUCUCUUGUGUAAUAUGAUACCAACUAAUGUACCGGGACCCGGGGCGGCACAAGCAGUACUUCAUCCGAAGAAAGACGUGUUUGUUCUUAAAGUAGCAAAAAUUGGACCGAAUGGAGAUCGUCGUUGCAAAAUGGAACUGGAGUUGGUGACACCAAAGGGGCCUGAAAAGAAGGCACCAGGGCGGAUCGAUACCAGAGAGACCCAAUGUGAGCCUGAACCGUCCCCAUGCUGUUGUUCAAAGGCCACGAAAAAGAAAAAAUAAUGCAAAAUUGUUUUGAUAAAGUAAAUUAAAUAGCUGUUCAGUUCGGAUUGUAAUUAUUUCAAUCAUUUCUUAAAAUCAAUUUGUAUCUUCAAUAACACCCACGGUUCGUAAAGACCCUGGAGUCGCUUCAUUAAGUUCCAUUUGUAUAGAAAUGUUUUUAGAUUUGAACUCGUCGUCAAUGUUACCUAUUUUGUAAGAGCUCCAGUGGGUAGAUCUACUCCAACGCCAAUUUUGCCAUAAUGGUUGCUUUUCAGCUGAAAUUCUAAAUAUAUUUUUAAUUUAUGUUGCCGAAGACCUUCAGUUCUUAUUUCUUUGAUUAGAAAUGUAACGGAAAAUUUUAUCAUUCUUAAAAUACUAAUAUUCAGCUU